AAUAGUUUGGGCGGGUCGCUUUUAGAAGUGGGCGGGUCUAAUGAGCGGCGGCCGCUUUCGAUUUCCCUUUCCCCUAAACAGCCACACUUCUAGCAAGCGCGGCCGGCAUCAGCCGGUUCCUGGGACUUUCCUAGAGCUCCGCCUUGGCCGGCGGCUCUUCCCUCCCCCAGCCGCUGGUCCGGUCGCCCACAGGAUCGUGGAUUCCGGCAGCAGAGACUCCGGCCCAGUCGGGAAAGCGGAGAGUCCCAGGCCGGGACCAGGGACAGCUCCUGCGAGGCAAUGGCCUGUCCAAAGUGGUCCGCCGGCUGCAGGUUCUUCCGCUGCUCCGAAGCUUCCCUGGGAGCGUGGCUGGGGGCRUCACUGCUACUUUCCGCCGACUGUGUGCUGCUCCGGACUGCGCUGCCCGGAAUAGUCUCCCGGCUAGUGCCCUCUUCGCUGCUGCUGCUCCGGACCUGGGUGGUGGGCCUGAGCCGCUGGAUCAUACUGUGGCUGGGGGUCCGCGGGAUCCUCAAGGCAACAGUUGGCUGCAAGGGCGGAAGCACAAGGGGCCACGGGUGGCUGGCAGUUUUGGAGCCACUGGCGGCGGCGCUGGGUUUGGCCUUGCCGGGACUUGCCUUGYUUCGAGAGCUGGGCUCGUGGGGAGCCCUCGGGGAUGUUGAUAGCACCAGACUGUUGCACUGGGGAAGUCGCCUGGAUGCGUUCGUCCUCAGCUAUGUAGCCGCGCUGCCUGCAGCCGCACUGUGGCACAAGUUCGGGAGCCUCUGGGAGGCCAGCGGUCAUGGAGACUCUGGGGUUGCGCUGCGUCGACUUGUAGGCUGCCUGGGCUCAGAGGUGCGACGUCUCCCUCUGAUCCUGGUCCUACUGGUUCUCUCCUGUCUUGGGGAGAUGGCCAUUCCAUUCUUCACUGGCCGCCUCACGGACUGGAUUCUACAAGAUAAGACAGCUACUACUUUAACCCGAAACAUCACUCUUAUGUCCAUUCUCACCAUAGCCAGUGCACUGCUGGAGUUCGUGGGCGAUGGGAUCUAUAACAGCACAAUGGGGCGUGUACAUAGUCACUUUCAGGGAAAGGUGUUUCAGGCUGUCCUGCGCCAGGAGACGGAGUUUUUCCAGCAGAACCAAACAGGUAACAUCACCUCUCGAGUAACAGAUGACACAUCCACCGUGUGUGAGUCUCUGAGUCAUGAACUGAACAUAUUGAUGUGGUACCUGGUGCGAGGACUGUGUCUCUUGGGGCUCAUGCUCUGGGGGUCACUGUCCCUCACCCUGGUCACCCUGGCUGCCCUGCCUCUGCUUUUCCUUCUGCCURAGAAGCUGGGAAAAUGGUGCCAGUCACUGGGAGUACAGGUGCGGGACUCUCUGGCAGAGGCCAGCCAGGUGGCCAUUGAGGCCCUAUCAGCUAUGCCUACAGUCCGGAGCUUUGCCAAUGAGGAAGGCGAGGCCCAGAAGUUUAGGCAGAAGCUGGAGAAAAUGAAGACUCUCAACCAAAAGGAGGCCCUGGCCUAUGCAKUCAACCUGUGCACCACUGAUAUCUCAGGGCUGCUGCUGAAGGUGGGAAUCCUAUACAUUGGUGGGCAGAUGGUGAUAACAGGGACUGUAAGCAGUGGGAACCUCGUUGCAUUUGUUCUCUACCAGAUACAGUUCACUGGUGCUGUCAAGGUGCUGCUUUCCACCUAUCCCCGGGUACAGAAGGCUAUAGGCUCCUCAGAGAAAAUAUUUGAAUAUCUGGACCGGACMCCUCGCUGCCCACCCAGGGGUCUAUUGAUUCCCUCAAACAUGGAGAGCCUUGUCCAGUUCCAAGAUGUCUCCUUUGCCUAUCCUAAUGAUCCAGAUGUCCCAGUGCUGCAGGGGCUGACAUUCACCCUAUAUCCUGGUAAAGUGACAGCACUAGUGGGACCCAAUGGAUCAGGGAAGAGCACUGUGGCUGCCCUGCUGCAGAAUCUUUACCAGCCCACCACGGGCCAGCUGCUGCUGGAUGGGGAGCCCCUUCCUCAAUAUGAACAUCGCUACCUGCACAGACAGGUGGCUGCAGUGGGACAAGAACCACAGUUGUUUGGAAGAAGUAUUCAAGAAAAUAUUGCCUAUGGUCUAAUCAAGAAGCCAACUAUGGAGGAGAUAAAAAGUGCUGCAAUACAGUCUGGAGCCCAUAGUUUCAUUUCUGGGCUCCCUCAGGGCUAUGACACAGAGGUAGGUGAGGCUGGGGGCCAGCUGUCAGGAGGUCAGCGACAGGCAGUGGCCUUGGCCCGAGCAUUGAUUCGGAAGCCACGUGUACUCAUUCUAGAUGACGCCACGAGUGCCCUGGAUGCAAACAGCCAGUUACGGGUGCAGCAACUCCUGUAUGAAAGCCCAGAGCGUUUCUCUCGCUCUGUGCUUCUUAUCACCCAGAAUCUCAGCUUGGUGGAGCAGGCUGACCACAUCCUCUUUCUGAAAGGAGGCACCAUCUGUGAGGAGGGAACCCACCAGCAGCUCAUGGAGAAUAGGGGAUGCUACUUCGACAUGGUGCAGGCUCCUGCAGGUGCUCCAGAAUGAAAGACUUCUCUACCUGCACAUUACCUUUCCCUCCAUUUUCUUCUGUUCUCUGUGGUGGAGAACUUGGGAGCAAAGGUCCUACCAAAGCUAUAGAGUGGGCAGCUGCUGCUAGGAAGAGUUACAUGUUAAGACSUAACCUCCUGGGUGAUUCUUGAAAUUUGUAUGUGUGUGACUUCUUCUCCAAGCUCCUCUUGAUAAUAAAGACUUCCUGGAAGACAAACAGGAUUUUGUAAACCCUCCAUGGGUUUAGAGAUACAUUUGAUGCUUUGGUCUGAA